AUGACUUCGCCGUCCGCCCCCGUCCUCCACCGCCUAAUCCUGCCCAGACCCUUCGUACCCUCCUGCCGCGUCUCGCCCCGCACCCCCGCAUCCGUCGCGGCGCAGCCGUCGCCGUCGCCGAGGAGAAUAUGGCGCCUGCCCCUGCUCCGAUCGUCGCUGCCUCCCGAAGGUGCGCGCGCGUCGCCACGCACCUACAAUAUUCCCGAGGACUCCAAGUUCGUACCGCUUAACGCCGAGGACCCGAUGUACGGACCGCCGGCAAUAUUGCUCAUCGGAUUCGAUAAAAGCGAGGCCGUCAAGAUUCAGGAGUUCCUGAAGGAGCUCGACGGUGAUUUCCUCAAGGUGAUUCGUUGUACAGAAGAAAUGACGAAACAAACUUUGUGGGAUGCCAUGCACACUGAGCAGCCUAAUGUAGAAGCUGUCAAGAUUAUGAAAUCUCUGCAAAGAAUAUGCAUCUUUUCUGGUCUGACUGGUGAGGAGAUGAUGAUGUUCAUCAACGCCUACCCAGAAACAGGGUUGGAACAAGCCGCUUUCGCGGCACUUGUUCCCAACAGCGGAGAGAAGGUUCUUGCUGAGGUGAUCGAGGAAAUAAUGGGUGACCAUGAGAUGCUGGUUUGUUGCUUCUGA